AUGAUUUGUAUCGAAUGCGGUAACCCCUCUUUUAACAAUACGGAGGUAUGCCAAAACUGCAGGGAAAUGAAUAAUACUGGUACCAUGUCGCUGGACAUAGCUCGACAGUGCGAAAUGUCGUUGAGUUGUGGUUCAUGUCAACGGAUGGUAUCAACAGACUCCAGACAGUGCACCAGCUGUCAAAAGAGUUUUCACUUGUCUUGCGAUUCAUCAUCGCCUACACACUUGAACGGUUUUGUAUGCAUGUCGUGCCGUCAUCGCGGAGAAGCUCUCACUGGCGACGUUAUGCUCUCAGCAUCUGCGGCCCCUUCUCGUGGACGCAAUCCCCCAUUAUCACCGUUCAGCGAACCAUCGGUACCACAAAUGUCUCUUCAAAUGUCAAUAGGCUCUAUAUCCUCAAGUUACCCUUCGAAUAAUGAUUUUGGAGCGGAUAUGUACGCUCAAAUGUCGACAGGUUCCGUUUUGAGCCAACAACACCAGCAGCACGUUCAGCAAAUGAUGACCCAAUCACAGUUUAUGGACGAAAUAAGUGACGGUGCAACGAAUGAUAGUGACAGAAACAGUAGUCCAUUCUAUCAGGAAACUUCGGAUUACGACGAGGAUUUCAUUCCAAUGAGCUCUCGCGGUCGUGGAAGAGGAAGCGGGAAGAAAAAACCGGGCCGUGGUCAGUCAUCCGGAUCCCGCCGUCAAACGAAUCCCGGACCUACCGGAUUCUUUUCUGCCACAAAUUUUCAAGCUAUGGGUGAUUUUCCACAACUUCCGCCGACUCGUGGAAAACGAGGAAAGCGAGGGAACGGGACUACGACGACUCGAGCAUCAGGAAAAGGUACCGGUCGGGGAAGAGGAAGAGGUCGAGGUAACAGUACUACGCAAGCACAAAUAACAGCUCUCCAACAAGUACAAUACGGAUCUACAGCACCAAUGGGCUACCCAAUGUUCCAUCCAGGAAACUCUCAAAUGAUUCAAAUGAAUAUGAGCUCUGUUGGACUUCAAGUGAUGGGACAAAACGCUCAUUUACAAGCGAACACGAACUCAAUGAACCUUUCUAUUGCUCCAGCAGUACCACUCCCAUCCAAUAUGAUAAAUCAACCCAAUCCCAUAACUCCGACUCCAGCUGCAGUACAGACUCCAGCGCCGGAACCAGAUCCUAUGGAAGCACACAAUUUCCAACCGCAGAACAUUGACUCGAUUCGAGAAGUUGACGAAUCGCUACUUGAAGAUGAUACCUCGAGACAAUCUGGAACAUCUAGGUCGGACGAGGUGGAAUACACUAAAAUACCGGUUGUGUGUAGAAAAAACGACGAAUUUCUGCAGAAGACGCCACUGUGUCUUGUAUGCGGCUCUAUUGGAAAGGGUCCUGAAGCUUCCAUGGUUUCUUGCGCAAACUGUUCUCAGACAUACCAUACAUACUGUGUUACUUUACAUGAUAAGAUGAAUUCGGCGAUUUUGGGUAGAGGAUGGCGAUGCCUAGAUUGCACGAUAUGCGAAGGGUGUGGAAACGGUGGCGACGAAGAAAAGUUGUUGCUCUGCGACGAAUGUGAUGUUUCAUAUCACGUUUACUGUAUGAAGCCGCCACUGGAAUCGGUGCCAUCGGGACCUUGGAGAUGUCACUGGUGUUCAAGAUGUCGACGAUGCAAUCACAAGGCAACGUCUGGAAAUGAUCUGACUCCGAAAGGUUUAUGCCAUUCAUGCGCUUCUUUGCAAGUAUGUCCAUGUUGUAAUAGAGGAUAUCAAAUUAACGAUAAAAUCAUAAGAUGCAGUCUGUGUAAAAAAUGGCAACACGGAGCAUGUGAAAACCUUCACACAGAGGAACAACUAGAGCAAGCUGCUCAGAAUCGAAUGAGGUGUGCAUCAUGUCGUCCCAGUAAGAAGGCAAAUGCUCUCUUUGAUUCGGAUACAUUAAUUUGUGAUGGUGUAGCUAUCGCUAAAGACGCUAACAUUCUUAAGUCGAAAUAUAUGCCGUCUGUACUCAAAAAUCAUAUGAUUGAAGCUGGCUAUCGGGAUUCGUUCGAUCAUUAUGAGGAUGAUAAUGCUGCACCAGAGGAUCUGGCUGAACCUGGAACUUCUCAACCACUAACUGGACAAAGAGGAAGAGGCCGUGGAAAUCCCAGUGGUAGGCGAGGGAUGAAUAGAAUCGGAAUCGGUGGAUUCUAUGCCAAAAUUCCUCGUCAUCGGCUUCAAGCAUUGACGGAAGAGGCGGCUGCUGCUGCUGCGGCGGACGAUGAUGAUUCGAAGAAGAAACGGCCAAGGAAACCGAGAAGGUCUCAACUGGAAGACGCAUAUCCAUCACAAAUUCAAGAAGCCUUCUUUGGAAUCAAAGCAGUUGAGGGAAAAUCAUUAGUGGAUAUCACUGUAGAAGAACCUGGAUUACCCGAAGCCGCCGCCUUCCACAUUUUCCUUUGCAAAGAAGCUAAUGAUAUGUUGAGAAAUGAUAUAAACGAAAACGAAUUCUUGGAAAAUAUGGACAUUGGAAACAUUGACACUGACAUAAAUUUGGAUGAUAUGGAUUUUUCUCUGCUCAUGGAUGUGGAUGAAUCUAAUGAAGAGUUCGAAGACAGUCUUCAAGGAGACAUGCGUCCAAAGGAAGAGCUCCCGGAAGGAAGUUAUGGCCCUACCACUUUCAACUUGGACCAAAAACCUUCAACAUCUGGUGAACUUGGAUCUUUUGGUCAACAAGGUGCUUCCACGAGUGGAAUAAACCCCGCUAAUUACGCUCAAAAUGCUCCAGGAGUGAGAGCUGCAAUUGCUCGGAGUGGCAGCCAAUCGGAUGCUACUGAUCGAUAUCAGUAUGCUGCUCGCUGGGAAGAAGACGAACCAGCUGGUUUGAUGGCGACGACUGCUGCAGUUUUAUAUGCCAACGAAAAGCAUGCAUAUUUGAAGCAGCAGUUCCCCGUUUGGGCUGAACGUGUGAAACAAAUUCAGAAGUUAUGGCGUAAUUUGAGUUCUGAAGAACGGCAAGACUACGUAAAUCGAGCGAGAGAUAAUCGGACCAAAAGUGGUGCUAAGCCUCGCCCUCGCAGAGUGAACGUUCAGAGUACGAACUCUGUCGAUAGCCCAACAAACCAGUCUCCUGCUAUCAACUUAACAGAAUUCAAAGUUCCCGUUAAUCCGGGAGAACCGUCGACGUCUACUUCAUUCGGUUCAUUAAAUGAACCUCAGCAAGUGAAGAAAGUGCAUGUGACAUAUCAUUUGCCUCUAGAUCUUUAUCAUCAAUGGCAGGAAAUGAAGAGAGUGAGAGUUGAUCGUGAACGGUUAAUUGUGUCUCUCGAUGAACAGUUGACCAAAGCUCGUAAGCAAAAGAAGAACUUGGCAGCGAAGAAGCGUCAAAUAGUCAGAACUCAAACAGCAGCCCCUGAUUAUGACGGCCGACCGAUCGAUUUGAAUGACAACGAUCAACAAAUUCUGUUGCAACUCACGGAGCAGAUAAAAGCUACUCAAGCGGAAAUCGAUAAUUCAAGGCGAGACUUGAACACUCGAAAAGCUGCUAUGUCCGAUUUUGAAAUCACUCAUCACAUUCUCCGUAAUGAAUCCGAUGUCAAACCUCACGAAAUGGAGCAAACAAUUGCCAGAGACAAUCAAUAUGCUUCCCAGAUGGAACACCGGCUAGCUCAACAAGCCCAAGCACAGGGACUCGGAUUAGGUGCAACACCACAGUUACCUGGUACUCAGUCUUCCAUUCAUCUUCCUAUGCUUCAUCAGCAACAGCAACAACAGAUGAUGCAAAUGCAGAUGCAGGGGAUGCCUAUAAGACCUGGCCCAGGACAAUUUAUGUUAAGACAACCGCCUGGAGCACCUCCGAUGACAAUACAACAACAACAGCAUCAGCAUCAACAGGAACUGCAUCGCAGAAUGAUGAUGCAGCAAAUGCAGCAAAUGCGGCAGCAGAUCCGACCAGAGAUGGCUGGAGUGCGUUUCGAUCAGAUUACUGAUCCAGUGUUGAAAGAUGUAUACGCAUGCGUCGAUGCGAUGGUUACAGAUGUUCAUUUGAAACUGGAGCCCAAGCCGGAACCUCAACAGCAAAUUCAUGGACCGCCACAGUUUAUGCAGAGAAUGAUGCAGCAUCCUGGAGCGCCCAGUUCAUCUGGUCCUCCUGGAUCUUUGGGUAAUCCUGCCCUUUCUGUUCCGACGGCUCAUCCUGGUGCUCCUGGCCCUUCCGGUCAUCUUCCCAGUUCUCUUGGCCAGCCUGGUCCACUUGGUCCAGCUGGUCCUCCUGGUCAUCUUGGUCAUCCUGUUCCGCCUCGGCUCAUCAUGCCUUCGCAUAUCCCUCAUGGACCGAUACCACAGCUCGGCGCGCCUGUGAAUCAACACCCUCCUCCAACACCCCAACCUGCUCAACCACCACAGCUUCCAGAAGACGGACCGAAACCAAAGAAGAAGCGUGCGCAACAGAAAAAAGCUGCAACGACGUUCCCGACUGGCGGAGAACACGACGCCUGGAUAGAAACGAUGCGAACGCGAUUCCGUUUGUGUCCCGAAAUUCCUAAAGUGCAACGAGAGCCACGUUUGAACAAACAAGGAUCAGAAUUCGUGACACACGGAUUGACAGAGUUGAGUCUUCUCAUGGGAAAACGAAAACCUAUAAUUGGACGUUUUGGAGAGAUGAUGGUGAAACGCGGAACGAGAUAUUUCGGAAACGAAGACAGAAUGGAUAAGGCAGUCACUUUCAAUGAAGUGAAUUUGUACCAAGUUGAACCACAGAUUCGCCGUCAUGUACUUUACAACAGUUCUAUGCCAGAACUUGAAGACGAUGUCAUUCAAGAUGAGAUGGACAAGAAAAUGUGUUUGAAUCCGAACGAUGUCAUCAGCCGGUUGUUCAAUAAGAAACACACUUCUCGCGAACAUGUACGAUGCCUUGCUCGCUACAUGGAUGAAGCAGGACCACCAAUAGAGCCAGAUUUAGGAAUGUUCCGCGAUUUCAAAGAAGAACCUGAAGAAGAUGUAACCAUUGAGCUAGUUUUCAACACAAACCAAAUCAAGCAGGAAUGUACUGAAGAGGAGAAAAAUGAUCUGUGUCCUAAACUCAACGAUCAACUCAGAGAAAUUCUGUCAUUUAAAAAUGAGAUAACAUAUAAAUUGGAAGACACUCCACCUGAGUCUCCUGCAUGUGUAUCUCCGGAGCCUGAAGUUUCUGAACAAGUUCGUCAAACAACAUCCACAUCAAGAGCACCAUCAGCAUCGGUCGAAAAAGAAAUCAAGAAAGAAGACGAUGAAGAAAUGCCGGCGUCUGUUUUCCGAGAAAUCAAAAAAGAAGUAAUGGACGUUGCCCAGCAGAAUCAAUGUAAGCAGUGUGAUAAGAUGAUAGAUGGAGGAACAACACCAUCAGUUCGAGUAUCAGUUGGAAAACUCGGAGUUCUACCACAAGAAGCACCAUGUGAUGAAAGAGAUGAUAUGGUAUCAUUCUGUUCGAAAAAGUGUUAUUACGAUAUGAUGUCAACUGGACGAAAUGCACUGACUCACGAAGAGCUCGCUGAAGCCGAGAAACACGUCUCCGAGGAAACAUACAACAAGCUGAAACAAAUCCUUUCGGAUAGCAUUGUAAAGGCAGUGAAUCUAGGGAAGAAGCCUCCGACCUCUGCAUUGCCUACUUCUUCUCUUCUUGGAAACGCUGAUCUUAUAUCUCCAAGGGAUAUUCGCCUAACGGUAGACGAUGGAAGAAAGGAACUCAUCGAGAUAGUUCACGUUUCAACGUUGAUUGGAGCAGCAAACGCACAGAAAGACGAGAUGGCUCAACAAGUCGCCGCUGGAACAGACUGGAAGCAGUACACCCCAGAAAUUUAUGAAUCAUUCGUUAGCAUUCAUCAGCAACAUCAGCAAUGCGUUCUCUCGGCGAAGUUUGGAGUUCCUCUUCCGCAACAUGAACUGGACAAGCGUAUUUGUGUUUUCUGUGGUGGUGUUGGAGAUGGCGACACUGCUGUAUGUGGUCGUCUUGUUUCUCUCACUGAGUAUUACUGGGUUCAUGUGAACUGUGCAAUGUGGAGCGCUGAAGUAUUCGAACAUCAGAAUGGAAUGUUAUCGAAUGUUGAACGAGCUGUGAUUCGCGCUGCGACACAAGCAUGCGAUCACUGCAAACGUCCAGGAGCCAGUGUUAAAUGUCAUAAGGCAAACUGUGGAAUGAAUUAUCAUCUCGUUUGUGCUCGACAGAACAAUGGCUAUUUCAUUAAAGAUCGGACAUUCAUAUGUAAAGCUCACGAAAAAGUUGUUCAUCAUCAAUGCACCCGAUUCGAUGCUAUGCGGAAAAUCUUUAUUAAGCGUGACGAGAACAACAUGCUGAUGCGUCUGUUCGAUCUUUCCGAUGGAUCGAACCUUUGCCUUAAAAUGGGAUCAUUCACUUUCUACAAACUUGGUUCGAUCACUCCGACACAGUUGAAGCGGUUCCAUAACAAGGAUUACAUCUUCCCCAACAAGUAUCGUGUCACUCGUCACUUCUGGUCUCCGAAGAACUGUGAAGAGCGCAUGACGUUCGAAUGCACAAUCGAAGAUCGCAACAACCAACCGAUUUUCAUCGUGAGAAGUUUGAAUGAUCCGACGAUUUGUUAUCGAGCAACAUCGGCAACGAAAGCAUGGAGUCCGAUUUUCGAUAAAGUGACGAAGCUUCGAGAACAACAACAAGAUCGUCUGCGAUUCUUCGGUUCUCAAAUAACUGGAGAGGCAUUGUUCGGACUCACUGAGAAUGCAAUAACGAAAAUGACCGAGUCGCUACCUGGUUUCGACACGGUGUUCACAUAUCAACAAAGGCAUCAGAAUAGUCCUGUUUUGGAGUUACCACUUGCUGAAAACCCGAUGGGGUGUGCUCGAGCCGAACCGUGGAGUCGAACGAUCGGACAAACCUUCAGAGCGAAGCCCCAACCAAUGGGAGGGACAUCGAAUCAUCAUCACGGAAUCCUCGGCAUCAUACCUUGUCAGCCGACCAAGACUGACAGUUCUUCUUGUCAAAUUGAAACUCUACAAUCCCGUCAAGCAUCCACAUCACUUACUUCAGCUAACAGUGGACGUACCAGAGGUGUAAGAUCGUACUAUACGGAAGAAGCGGCAGCUCGUGCUCGCGGAUUCCCACAAGAUCUGAGUGCUAUUUCUCAUAGAGUUGAGCCCGCUCAAAGUGCAACUGCUCAGUAUACAGCUUAUCAGAAGAUGCGCAGAGAGUGGAAAGAGCUAGUGUAUCUUGCUAGAUCUCGAAUUGCUGGAUUAGGCUUGUAUGCAAAAACCGAUAUUCCGAUGGGAGAGUACAUCAUCGAAUACAAGGGAGAAAUCAUUCGUUCGGAACUGUGUGAGGUUCGUGAAAAGCGCUACAAUGCUCAGAAUCGGGGAGUCUAUAUGUUCCGGCUCGACGAGGAGUGGGUUAUUGAUGCAACGAUGUCGGGUGGUCCAGCGCGAUAUGUUAAUCAUUCGUGUGAUCCGAAUUGUUCCACUAUGCUUUUCGAUUCAAACAGUGGAGCACGUGACAAGAAGAUCCUCAUCACUGCCAAUAGGCCUAUAAGCGCAAACGAAGAGCUUACCUAUGAUUAUCAAUUCGAACUGGAAGAUGCAACAGAUAAGGUCCCAUGUCUUUGCGGAGCACCGAAUUGUGUUAAAUGGAUGAAUUAA